AUGGGUGCUCCAGCGUCCAUGCGGUCAGCGCUGCCGUGUCUCGCUCGCGCGGGGAAACUGGUGUCGGUGACGCACUCGGCUUCUCAAAUUCGACAUGCUACCUUUCUCUCGUCUUUGCAUGCUAAACGCGUACCCGUCUCUCCUCCGCUAUGGCCUCGCGUCUCAAAGCGGACUGCUACUACCUCUACUCCAACUCCCUCGGAAUCCGUGUCCACAAAGCCAUACGCGGAAUUGACUAUCGGUGUCCCUCUUGAAAUCUUCCCCGGUGAACGCCGUGUCGCGAUCACACCACAGAACGUCGCCCUGCUUUUGAAGAAGGGUGUUUCUCGUGUCCUUAUACAACGCGGUGCGGGUGAAAAUGCACAGCUGUUGGACGAUGCCUACGAAAAGGCCGGCGCGACUCUGGUCGACCGCGAUGCUAUCUGGUCACAGAGUGAUAUCGUCUUGAAAGUCCGCAGCCCGCAAUCGGAGGGUCCAUUCAAUGAAGUCCAAGCUCUCCGUCAAGGCUCCACGGUUAUCUCGUUCCUGUAUCCCCUACAGAACAAACCCCUCGUUGAAGCGCUCGCAGCUCGCGGCGUGACUGCUUUUGCGAUGGAUCGCAUUCCUCGGAUUUCCCGCGCCCAGGUCUUCGACGCUCUUAGUUCUAUGGCGAACAUUGCUGGUUACAAGGCUGUGCUGGAGGCUUCUAAUCACUUCGGUCGGUUCUUGACUGGUCAGGUUACUGCAGCUGGAAAGAUCCCUCCCAGUAAGGUCCUUGUUAUUGGCGCUGGUGUGGCUGGUCUGAGUGCAAUUGCUUCUGCCCGUCGCAUGGGUGCUAUCGUCCGUGGCUUUGAUACCCGUCCCGCUGUCCGUGAACAAGUCCAGUCUCUAGGCGCUGAGUUCAUUGAGGUUGAUUUCCAGGAAGAUGGUGCUGGUCAGGGUGGAUACGCUAAGGAAAUGUCUAAGGAAUUCAUCGAUGCUGAAAUGAAGCUGUUCAUGGAGCAGGCGAAGGAAGUCGAUAUUAUUAUUACUACCGCUUUGAUUCCUGGCAGACCUGCACCGAAGCUCAUUACUAAGGAAAUGGUUGCUGCUAUGAAACCCGGUUCUGUCAUUGUUGAUCUUGCUGCGGAAGCUGGUGGCAAUUGCGAGGCAACGGUUCCUGGUGAAUUGAGCAAGUACAAGGAUGUCACUAUCAUCGGCUACACGGAUCUUCCUUCUCGUCUGCCGACUCAGUCUUCGACGCUCUACUCAAACAAUAUUACCAAGUACCUUCUCUCCAUGGCUCCCCUGGAAAAAUCGUUUGGUAUUGACUUCAAGGACGAAGUCGUCCGUGGUUCUAUCGUGACUCUCAACGGCGAAAUCAUUCCUCCUGCUGCUCCACCCGCUCCCCCUCCGGCCCCAAAACCUGAUGCUCAAGCAGUAGCAGCUAAGAAGGCCGAAGAAGUUGCUUUGACGCCUUGGCAGCAGGCUACCCGGGAUGUGACAAUGGUUACCGGUGGAAUGGGUACAGCCCUAGCCCUGGGAAAAGCCGCCGGUCCAGUCUUUAUGAGCAACAUGAUGACCUUCGGACUCGCAGGUCUGGUCGGAUAUCGCGCUGUGUGGGGUGUAGCUCCUUCGCUUCACUCGCCACUGAUGAGUGUGACAAACGCGAUUUCGGGCAUGGUGGGUAUCGGUGGAUUGUUUAUUAUGGGUGGUGGUUAUGUGCCCACUACCAUUCCUGAGUAUCUCGGUGCUGCAUCGGUCUUCUUGGCCUUUGUGAAUGUCUCUGGUGGCUUUGUUAUCACUAAGCGCAUGCUUGAUAUGUUUAAGCGUCCCACUGACCCUGCCGAAUACCCAUGGCUGUAUGCCGUCCCAGCUGUUGUGUUUGGUGGUGGUUUUAUUGCUGCUGCAAGUACUGGAAUGUCUGGUAUUGUUCAAGCUGGUUACCUUGUCAGUACAUUGUUGUGCAUGGGCUCUAUCUCUGGUCUGGCGUCUCAGCAAACCGCCCGACGAGGUAAUAUCUUUGGUAUUCUGGGUGUCAUCUCCGGUAUCCUGGCUUCGUUGGGUGCAGUUGGUUUCUCGACGGAGACCCUGACGCAGUUCACUACUGUUGCCGGAACAGGUGCCAUCAUCGGAGGCUUGAUCGGCCGUCGCAUCACAGCAACUAGUCUUCCCCAGACUGUUGCUGCUCUCCACUCCGUUGUUGGAUUGGCUGCUGUUUUGACCAGCGCUGGAAGUGUGUUGGCUGACAUUGCCGACAUCACAACCCUCCAUCUGACCACAGCGUAUCUGGGUGUUCUCAUCGGUGGCGUCACAUUCACCGGUUCCAUCGUCGCCUUCUUGAAACUAGCCGGUCGUAUGUCCUCCAAACCAACCAUUCUACCUGGCCGACACCUCGUCAACUCAACUCUCCUGGGAACCAACAUGGCAACAAUGGGCGCAUUCAUAACAAUGGCACCAGGAAGCCCCGCAAUCGCCGCCACAUGCUUAGGAGCAAGUACGAUCCUCAGUUUCCUAAAAGGAUACACAACAACAGCAGCCAUCGGCGGCGCCGAUAUGCCCGUCGUCAUCACCGUCUUGAACGCCUACUCGGGCUUCGCUCUAGUUGCUGAAGGCCUAAUGCUCAACAAUCCACUACUGACCAGCGUAGGAUCUCUAAUCGGUGUUAGCGGCUCCAUCCUCUCAUACAUCAUGUGCAUCAACAUGAACCGGUCCCUGACAAACGUCCUCUUCGGUGGUAUCUCAUCGCCGGCGGCACAGAACCAGAAAAAGAUCGAAGGGGAAAUCACCCAGACCAGUAUCGACGAUACAGUGGAAGCCCUAUCCAGUGCUGAGAACGUCAUCAUCGUCGUCGGCUACGGAAUGGCCGUCGCCAAGGCGCAGUAUGCCCUUUCCGAGAUUGUCCGUAUCCUGCGCGCCAAGGGUGUCAAUGUGAGAUUCGCUAUUCAUCCCGUUGCUGGUCGUAUGCCGGGUCAAUGUAAUGUGCUCCUUGCCGAGGCAUCAGUGCCAUAUGAUAUCGUCCUCGAAAUGGAAGAAAUCAACGAAGACUUCUCCGACACAGAUGUCACUCUCGUUAUUGGCGCUAAUGAUACUGUUAACCCCAUCGCUAUGGAGCCUGACUCGGCUAUUUCCGGUAUGCCUGUGCUUCACGCGUGGAAGAGUAAGGAGGUUAUCGUUAUGAAGCGGGGCAUGUCUAGCGGUUAUGCGGAUGUACCAAAUCCCAUGUUCUUCAUGCCUGGUACGCGCAUGCUCUUCGGUGAUGCUAAGACUUCUUGUGAUGCCAUCAAAUCUGCCCUAGAGGCACGUAAGUAG